GAGACAAUCACUUUUUGAGAUGACCUCUCAUAGAGGUGAUGAGCCCUGUGGCAUCAACAUGAAUUCAAGCAGUCUAAGAAUGAUAAAAGUCCUGGUUUUGCUGCUUUCUGUAACAUUUAUUCAUGCUGAACACAGAGGGCGUGAUUAUGAAAAAUCUAAAGUCUGCAGGGAAUUCAAAAGUCUGGGGAAAGAUGACUUCCAAUCUUUAUCAUUUGUCCUGUACAGCAGAAAAUUUCCCAGUGGCACCUUUGAACAGGUCACAGCCUUAGUGGAUGAAGUUGUCUCCUUGACAGAGAAGUGUUGUGCUGAGAAUGCUGACCCCAACUGCUAUGACACAAGGACUUCAGAAUUGGCUACCAAGUCCUGUGAAAAUGAUGCUCCAUUUCCUAAACACCCAGACACUGACAAGUGCUGCACCCAAGAAGGUCUUGAACGAAAACUCUGCAUGGCAGCUCUCACACACCCUCCCCAAGAGUUCCCAACCUACCUGGAGCCAUCAAACACAGAAAUAUGUGACUCCUUCAAGAUGGACCCCAGGGCUUUUUCUUUCAGGUUUUUAUAUGAAUAUUCAAGCAAUUAUGGGCAAGCUCCACUCCCCUUGUUGGUUAGUUACACAAAGAAUUAUCUGUCCAUGGUAGGGACCUGCUGUACUUUGGCCAAUCCCACAGCAUGCUUUGUUUCGGAGAGGCUUCAGAAUAAGCAUCUCUCACUACUCACCACAAUGUCAAAAGUCUGCUCACAAUUUGCUGUCUAUGGGACGAAGAAAACAAGAUUCAGUCACGAUCUGUCCGUCUAGCUACAUGUCAAGUUCUCCCAGAAAGUACCAACAGCUGAUUUCGAAGACGUAGUCCAACUGGCUGAAGAUAUGAGGGUCCUCUCUCAGUGCUGUCACUCCAUCGCUGAGGACUGCAUGGCCAACGAGUUAGCAGAACACACUGUGAAGGUUUGUGAGAAGCUAGCCACCAAAGAUAAGAGGUUCCAACAUUGUUGUGGAGAAGGCAGCCCCAUGGACAUUUUCCUGUGCAUUUAUUCUAUGCCAGCUGCCCAAACUCUCGAACUUCCAGAAAUUGCCAAACCCCAUAAUGAAGAGAUAUGCAACACAGAAAAUAAUAAAGCGAUAGACAGAUACACAUAUGAACUAAGCAGGAGGAAAACCAACAUUCCAGAAGUAUUCAUCACAAAAUUACAUGGCUUAAUGCACAAAGUUUUGAGUGAAUGUUGCAAAGUUGUGGAGCCAGAGGCUUGUCUACGUUCCCAGAGACCAUUAGCAAGAAAUGAAAUGGUCUUAUUCUUAGCCAAGGCAGAAGAACUCUGUGGUGAUUACUCUCAACAUACUUUUACUGAAUACAAAAAGAGGUUGACAGAGCACUUUAAGACUAAAUUUCCUGAAGCUAAAUCCCAAAGUAUUACAGAGAUGGUUGAAAAUCAGGCUGACUUUGCCUCCAAGUGCUGUCUGAUGAAUUCACCUCCCCUAUACUGUGAUACACAGAUUGAUGCUGAAACUAAAAGCUUCUGUGGCCAUGAUUCAUGUCUGUUGAAUGUGGAACCCGUAGUAUGAGUGACCCCUGGAGGCCUGAAUUGCUAAGCUUUUUGAAGAAACAUAGAAUCAACUCUCCUCCAUCCUACAGAGUAUUUUCCCCAGAACUGCAGAAAUACAAUGCAUAUGCAAAUAAAAGCAACUGAUGUGGAGUGAAUAUCAAAGAAAUUCUAUAAAAAGUGCUGUCAAACCAA